AUGAAUCUCUAAUUACGCAUUUUUUGAACAAAGUUUUGAUAUACUUUUGUACAAAGUUGUGUUUUCAUUUCAAUAUUUUUGUACAAAGUUGUGUUUUCAUUUCAAUAUUUUUGUACAAAGUUGUGUUUUUUGGGCAUGUCUUUUAUGGGUCGGACCGUAGGGGGAACUAAAAUUAUCACUAGAAUCCCAUUUCUUCUUCACAAGCAAUGCAGUUCCUCUCUUCCCCAGCUCUGCUCCAUUCCCCCAAUUCUCUCUCUUUUCCGCCGCCUCUGCGCCGCCGAGUACCAUUCAGCAACCAAGCCACCGGUUUGGCUCCGGCAUCUCUCUUCACAGCUCAGCCAUCUCUCGCCUUUUCCAGCGUCUGCCAGCCACCCGUUCCUUCACUGCACUGCAAUGGUGUACAUGAGAUUUUGGAAACUGGUGCUGUGAAAAAACUGGAAUUUGUAGACAUUGGAUAUGUAUGUAGUGCUCAUGGGCUUCAAGGUGAGGUUAGGGUGAAGCCUGCCACAGAUUUUCCUGAACUGCGAUUUUGUAAGCCAGGAAGGCGGUGGCUGAGGCAACAAUUUUCAGGGAAGCAGAUCAUCCAAGAAUUUGAGCUGGUUGAGGGAAGGGGGAAUCCCGGGCAGAAGAGUUGGAUAGUUAAAUUUAAUGAAAUCAACACUGUAGAACAGGCACAAAAACUGGUUGGAUCAACCGUACUUGUAGCUGACAAUGAUAGACCAGCUUUGCAGGAAGGUGAAUUUUAUACUCGUGACCUUGUUGGCAUGAGAGUUAUUCUUAAGGAAACUGGAGAGUUAGUGGGAACUGUUAAUAAUGUUUUCAACACUGGAGCAAAUGAUCUUCUUCAUGUUGAACUUGAAUCAUCUUUCGGUUCACCUGGUCAAUCCGGGAAGCCAUUGAGGGAAGCGGGUGCUUCUGGUCGCCUUGUUUGGGUUCCAUUCGUAGAGUCGAUUGUUCCCGAUGUUGACUUAAGUAAAAAGGAAAUGUUGAUCACGCCUCCAAAGGGCCUCCUAGAAUUAAAUAUCCGCUCUCAUGAGAAACCUAAGAAAGAAAGGCGCCAGCUUGAGUGGAAAGAAAGAAGGAAGUUUCAGAGACACCUUAUACAAGCCAAGAAGAAACUGCAUGAUAUGGAGCAACAACAUGUUUUUCAUGGGUUCAAGUAUGGAGAAAAAAGCCAAAGAAGUGGACUUGCAAAAGAGAUUGUUUCUGUAAAUUCAAAGUUACUUGGUCAUGCAUUGAAAAAUACGGGAACUUCGCCCAAGAGGUGGAGCUUUCCCGACUUCGCAAGAACAUCCAAAGCAAGUCAUACACUAAAAGUCUCAGAAGAAUUAUGUUAUAGUGGAAAAGGGGAGCAUUCUGAGCGGGGUCAACAUCUCAUUUCUUCUGGGAAGGCUGCACUUGUUUUGUCUAUUCUUAAAAAUGACUCGGAUAACAAUAUGGAAGAAACAUAUCAGCAUCUAAAAGCAUUGCUAAAUGAUGACGAAAGAUUGAUCAGGGUGGAGGAUCGUUCAUCUGUACCUUUGGUAUUGAUCUGUCCUGUUCAUUCUGUUGAUUCUCUACAUGAGCUGUUUAUGAAUAACGAUUUUUUCUCUUUUGACUCAGAGAAGGUCUGGUUCUUGCCAGAAGAAAAGCUUCCAGUUGUUAGUAUUUCAAAUGAAGAAAACAAACACAAGAUCUUGAUGAAAUCGCCAUGGGAAAUCCUCCAAAGGCCAGUUGGACCCGGAGGCAUUGUUGACGUAUUGUCAUCUCACAAUCUAUUUCAAAAUCUACAUGAGAUGAAUGUUGACUAUAUUCAGAUAUGUUCUCCCAAUCACGGAUACAAAAACCAGCAGAUGGUACUUGGUUUCACCGAUUCAUGCAAAGCAAACGUGGGAAUACAAUUCAAAGACGUGAAUGACACAGAGGACGAAUUGAACAUGGUAUUCGCCAUUGGUUUCAUGGAGAAGUUGGCCAAGCAGAUAGAGAAACUCCAGUUUCACACCAUCCUAAAGCCGAACGGGCAUUGCGAGUUGGUGGACAACGAGUGGGUUGAUGUCAUCAUCCCCUCCUCGCCGAACUCGUGUGAGUUUCGUUGCUCCCUUCUCAGUUGCGUGCACGUUUGUAGCCCGACUAAGGUCUGUCUAUUGGAGGUUGCGUCGUGCUAGUAGUUUUGGCCAGCAAGUACACGGCUUAGUCGCUUGGAAACAUAUCAUUCAAUGUUCUUCACAUUGUAUUUCAAUCUUUUUCCCUUCCUCUUUGACUUCUUUCAUAUGCUUCCCAUUAUAAUUGUCUUUUCUUUCCUUUCAUUUACUGGGUCCGUCCCAUAACCCACGGGCCGAUCUGUUAACAACAACCCAAUUGGAAAAGCGAUACGUUAAUAAUACAAUUAUAAGAACAUCAACAAUUUUAUUACUCUGUAUUAUACUCCCUUCGUCAACAAAUAAAUUUUACAUUCACUA